GGCCUGCAAGCUCAACAGCGCCCAAAGCAACAAUAAACAUCAACACCGCCAUAUCCCGCCACCCACUCACACACGCUCUCUCGCACCCGUGCCUCGAGCGCCGCUAGGCUGGGAUCCCUUGCUCCGCCCAGCAGGAUCAACUUGUUGCCGUUUCAUCGGCUCCCCUUAACCAUAGCGGGGGCUGUAAUUACCCACCUCUACGCGCCGAGUCACUGCGAGACGUGACGGUGCCACCCGAAAAGUGUACGUCGGCUUUGCACACACACACUCGCCUGCCACAGAGCCCGAGAGGAGUUAAUCGAGCGAGGCCGCUGGGCCGCUGUGCCAUCGUCCAACAGCAAUCAUGUCGGGCUCCAACAGCAUCAAAGUUGUGGCCCGCUUCCGCCCCCAGAACAAGGUCGAGAUAGCGAGCGGUGGAGAGCCCAUUGUUGAGUUCAAAUCCGAAGACACAUGUACAAUCCAAUCGAAAGAGGCCGCGGGGGCCUUCACCUUCGACCGCGUCUUCGACAUGAAGUCGCGCCAGGAGGAUGUCUUCAACUACUCCAUCCGCCCCACUGUCGACGAUAUUCUUAACGGAUACAACGGUACCGUCUUUGCCUACGGACAGACGGGAGCAGGAAAGUCCUACACCAUGAUGGGAAGCGACAUGGACGAUGAAGUAGGCAAGGGAGUCAUCCCGCGUAUCGUCCAGCAGAUUUUUGCCAACAUCCUCGCCUCGCCGAGCAAUAUUGAAUAUACCGUCCGCGUCAGCUACAUGGAAAUCUACAUGGAGCGCAUCCGAGAUUUGCUCGUUCCCCAAAACGACAACCUGCCAGUACACGAGGAAAAGAGUAGAGGUGUGUACGUCAAGGGUCUGCUUGAAGUAUAUGUCUCGAGCGAAGAGGAGGUUUACGAGGUUCUGAGGAGGGGUGGCUCCGCACGAGCCGUCUCAGCAACGAACAUGAACCAGGAGUCGUCACGAUCACACUCUAUUUUCGUCAUCACAGUCAACCAAAAGAAUGUCGAGACGGGUUCACUGAAGAGCGGUCAGCUCUUCCUGGUCGAUUUGGCAGGUUCCGAAAAGGUUGGCAAGACGGGCGCAAGCGGACAAACGUUGGAAGAAGCCAAGAAGAUCAACAAGAGUUUGAGUGCCCUUGGUAUGGUCAUCAAUUGCUUGACCGACAGCAAGACGCAGCACAUUCCCUACCGAGACUCUAAACUCACCCGUAUUCUUCAGGAAUCGCUAGGUGGUAACUCGCGAACGACCUUGAUCAUCAACUGCUCUCCAAGUAGUUACAAUGACGUCGAAACACUGGGCACGCUCCGGUUCGGUAUGCGAGCAAAGACAAUCAAGAACAAGGCAAAGGUCAAUGCUGAGCUGAGUCCGGCUGAGCUCAAGGCGAUGCUCAAGAAGGUCCAAGGCCAAGUCACUACGUUUGAAAGCUACAUUGGCCAACUAGAGAGCGAAGUGACACAAUGGCGUGGAGGAGAGACGGUACCAAAAGAAAAGUGGAUACCGCCGCUCGAGACUAGCACAGUUUCUCACAAGAAGUCGUCCUCGUUGGCACGGCCGGCAACGCCAUCGAGAGUGGAAUCGACAAGAAACGCAGAAACACCACGUCCGGACUCUAGAUUGGAUCUGGACCGCGCAGGCACACCGAGCAUACCGCUGGACAAGGACGAAAAGGACGACUUCCUGCGAAGAGAGAAUGAGUUGCAAGACCAGGUUGCCGAGAGGGAGUCGCAGCUCGCAAAGGUUGAGGAUCAGCUCAAAACUGUCAAAGACGAGCUGCAGUACUACAAGGACCGCGAUGCCAAGACCAACAAGGACAAUGAGCGAAUCACCAUUGAACUCAACGAGAUGAAGAUGCAAGUUGAGAAGAUCCAAUUCGAGGGCAAGGAGGCGCAGAUCACCAUGGAUGGACUCAAGGAGGCCAAUGCUGAGCUUACUGCUGAGCUGGAUGAUGUCAAGCAACAGCUCCUAGACGCAAAGAUGAACGCUAAGGAGACGUCUGCUGCCAUGGACGAGAAGAAGAGGAAGAAGGCCGAAGCCAUGGCGCAGAUGAUGGCUGGCUUCGAUCUUGGUGGUGAGGUCUUUAGCGAUAACGAGCGUACCAUACGCAAGAUUAUCGAGCAACUCGACCAGCUUCACGAGAUGAGCUCAGCAGGCGAGGCAAUCGCACCAGAUGCCAUUCAAGAAUUGCGCGAGAAGAUUGUCGAAACUCAAGGCAUUGUGCGACAAGCAGAGCUUUCCCUAACUGCACGGAGUGAAGAGGACACCGCACACGCUAAGCGCCGCGAAGCACUCGAGGCACGCUGCGACACUCUGCAAGCUCAGUACGAGGAGCUCCUCGAGGGUAAUCUCUCUGAGCAAGACAAGGAAGAGGUCAAGGCGUGCCUUGCUGACGCUUACUCGGCUCGCCAAGAGGGCAACCUCGAACUUGUCGAAACCCUCAAGCAGGACACUGCGCGUCUGGUUGAAGAGGCCAAGAAGCUUCGGGCUGAGAACGAGAGUCUCCAGCAGCGCAUCAAGAGCGGCGCUAUUGCUAACGGCGUUGCCAACGGCAUCAACGGCAAGACUGUGCAGCAGCAAAUUGCCGAAUUUGACAACAUGAAGAAGAGUCUCAUGCGUGACCUGCAGAACCGUUGCGAACGGGUUGUUGAGCUCGAGAUUUCGUUAGACGAGACGCGCGAGCAAUAUAACAAUGUGCUCCGUACAUCGAACAAUCGCGCACAGCAGAAGAAGAUGAUGUUCCUCGAGCGCAACCUCGAACAGCUUACUGUUGUUCAGCGCCAGCUUGUUGAGCAGAACAGCUCCCUGAAGAAGGAAGUUGCCAUUGCAGAGCGUAAACUCAUUGCCCGCAACGAGCGGAUACAGUCACUUGAGAACCUUCUCCAAGAUUCGCAAGAGAAACUCACAGCAGCGAACCAUCGCUUCGAAGCCCAACUCACGGCCGUCAAGGAGCGUCUCGAAGCCGCAAAGGCAGGUUCAACGCGCGGUCUCGGCUCGCCCGCCAACGGCGCCUCCUACGCUGGCUUUGGCGGCGUCGGCUCCCGCAUCGCCAAGCCCCUUCGUGGCGGCGGUGGUGCCGUUGCGGACGGCCCCGUGCUCCCAGUCAUUGGCAACCUCCAGAAGCAGGACGGCGACAACGGUAGCGAUUCAAGCAAGGGCAAGAGGACAAGUUGGUUCUUCAACCAGCGAUAGACUUCUGCAUGUUGCCUUGAUUGAUGGAUGAUUAUUGACUGCCCAAGGACUUCAAGAUAUGAGACUUUUUCGUGGUUUGGCCGGGAGGUGUUUUUGGUGUUGCUACUUUUCAUUCUUUGGCAUGAUGAUCGGGAUGAGAUGGAGGUAGGUGAAAGGGGAGUGGGGAUGGUAGGAGGAAAGUGGCUCUGAUGUGUGUGUCUCUCUCCUCUAGGAACGUUUUUGUCGCUGCAUUUUCAUAUGGGAAAUUAUGCAAACGGAAUGGGAAAUGUUAUAUGUACGACGUUGAAUGCGUCAUACGCCUAGGCUACAUAGUAAAGGGAGGGAAGUGUCAUAUUUCUGAACUAUCGUUUUCUCAUCUUAUCGUCUUUUAUCUCCUAUCUCCUCUCAGCAUACCUUACAUAUAGAUUUUUAUACUAAAUCACAUCAUUACCUCUCUUCCACCUCACAUCCCCCUUUUCACCCCAACCUCUCCACACAAGCCCCCACCGCGACAUCCGCCGUCGCCCCAUCAAAAAAAUCAUUAACAAAAACUACUACGCCUUCCCUCUCCCGCACCAACUUCCUCCCCACAUCCCCCUUCAACAGUGGC